UCUAAUUUCAACACAUUAACAACUUUAUGCAAAAUAGAAGAAAUUAUAUCCAAAAUAAAUACGUACCUAUGUACAAUCUGUUUUGUGAUAAAUAUCUAACGAGAUAACACUAUUGUCACAUGUAGUUUAUCAGCAAAUAAGAAUUUAAACAAGAAGCUUACCGCGCAGUAAUCUUUGAAUUUCGUGUCUAAAAACCGAGAAUGAGCGAACCAAGCCAUAUUCAAAAUAAAAUGGACUUCGGCUUGGCUAACGCAGGCGCACUAGGUAACAUCGGGGAGGCUUCCAAUGUUUCCAAUUUCCGGAAUCCUAUAGCAUCGACUUCGACCGAAGCGUACGGGCACAGUUUACCCCCUCUGCCUCCGCGACCCGAGAUGGGGUAUCCAACUGUUUCUCAAGGAAUGACACAGCCGUACGGGGGUAUGCAGUAUGGGAUGGGAAAUUAUGGUGGUUUCGGAUAUGGAGGAUACGGCGGCGGUUAUGGAAUGGGAGGAAUGGGUGCCAUGGGCCUGAACGGUAUGGCUCCUUAUGGUGCAUACAACCGUUACGGAUCUCCACUGGGCUAUGGAGACAUUGAGAGCAGAUUUAUUCAAUUGGCAGAGGAGAAUUCAAGGCCAGCUUUUGACUCAAUACAGAGCUUGGUCAGUGCUGUAGGCAGUAUAGCUAUGAUGCUGGAGAACACCUUCUUUGCUUUGACUAGCUCAUUUCGUGCUAUAUUAGGUGUCGCUGAAAACUUUGGUAGGUUGAGAACAGUAUUUGCCCAGUUCUGGUCGACAUUUGCAGUAAUACGAACACUGAAUUGGAUUUUCAAGAAACUCCUUGUAAUGCUUGGCAUUAGAUCUGAAACUGAAUUUAAGGCGUGGGCGGAGGCGGUAGCGGCCACGCGAGGCGGAGACCAGGCCGCCGCCGAGCGAGCGCCCGGUUCGAGCUGGCCCAUCCUCCUGUUCUUUGGAGUGAUCGCCGCCGCCCCCUACAUCGUGCUCAAAAUGCUCAGCGGUCUCACGAGCACUAUCAAUGAGAACCUGAACGAUCCGAACACGUGGCAGGAUCCACUCCGCGCUAUAGCCCAAUACGAUUUCCAAGCGACGCGCGUCGGAGAGCUCAGCUUCCGCGCCAAUCAGCUGCUCUCCAUCGCGCCGCAACACCUCCAAACGCACCUGUGGAACACCGGCUGGCUAAUGGCGACGACCGAUCGGAAGGAAAUCGGACUCGUGCCAUUAAAUUACAUUAAGAUUAUGAAGUCACCAACGGACAGUGAAUCGAAAACGGACGUUGACCCAAACGAGUUCGAUAAGUUCUUCAAGAAGGACUAACCUCUUGCUGCGUACGACGGAAGUGAAGAAUCACUUCGGGUAGGUAAAGUAAGGUAAAUAGUAAGAUAGUUUUAUUCGUUCUACGUGAAUAUAUUUUAUCUUCUACCAAUUGUUAGAGUUCAUUAUAUACGUAUAUAAAGGAUACCUUAAAAAUUAAUUUAAUCUACUUUUAUCGGUUUCAUCUCGUGUUUACUAUUUCCGACGUUUACGGGUUUCCGACGAGUGAUUAAUCGUGGAUAUUUAAAUAUUUUGCAGACUACCUUCUAAUCGUCUAUAAAAAUACCGUAAAACCACCAAUGUUAACAGAAUUUUUUCUUAAUGUACACACAGAACAGUAAACUUCGGUACUUUGGGGAAUUCCCCGCUUGCCGAUUAUUAUUAUUGUGGCUGCGAUUGUUAAGCCUGCAAUAGUACAUGUUGGCCGAGCGUCGCCGAGGAACGCCAAUAUAGACAGUAUAUAUUAUUAUGGGUUCUCGAGUGGAGACCGCGCAGCGGAAAACAUAACGUGGGACGUCCCCUGGCUAGAUGGUGCGAUGACCUCCGCACGG